AACAAUAUGAAAAAAAUAGGUAUUGGUCUAAGAUUGUAAACAAAUUUUUUUUCUUUUGUUUCUCGAAACAUAGUUUUUAAGUAUGUAUUCUGUUAAAGGUGAAAAAAGUAUUCAUCGUAUCGAAGAUAAGAUCACGAUCGUUUGUUUAUUUUAAAAACGCGUCGGUUAUAUAUCGGUGCGAUACUUCGUAGUCGUGGCAAAAAGUGUGGCAUGUGACCGUGUGUGAGACAAUGUGGUGGGCGGGUGGAUCCUGCAAUCUCCAGAGAUACAAGUUCCUUGUUCUCCUAAUCUUGAUAGGCUGCAGCGAGGCGUACCUCAACAUUUUCAUCAGCCAAUCACAAGUUAUGAAACUGAUGGGACUCGAGGGGGAAUUGUACUACGUCAGAGAGGGGGUGGUCAACGCGUACGCCAUGAAUUUUGUCGUUCCGGUGCCAGCGAAUAUAGCAGAUCUUGAAUUUUCCUGGCAGAGUUUAGCCCGCCACCCGUUACCGUAUUCUAUGGAGUUAGAUUACGACGUGGUGAGAGUAGCGGGUGGAGCUUCGGGUAUGAUGGCUUUACUGUCUCCGAGGGUGAACGUGUCGGCCAAAGGCGAGGUCCCCAUCGUCCUACAAGUCUUUAGGAUCAGACUUCCUUGUUCCGGUCUUGUUAGUGCCGAAAUUCCUUUGGCCCUCAGGCUGAACGUCACCGCACCUCCUGGUACCAAAUACAACGACACCAUACUCAUCUUCAAAAGGAACAAAAUAUGUUUGAAGGCUAUUCGGCAGCUGACACCGACGGACUUGCCAGAAGUUCGGUAUUGGUCAGAGUCGACCAACGGCCCGGAAGCGCGAAUUCCGGAAGUUACGCGACCAUAGCCGACCUGGAGCCGCUUUAUGCUAGGCCUUGUGGAUCCAGAGCGAGUUACUAUGCUGCCAGUCAUGUCACGCAUCUCAGUCAGUCAACGGACCCCUGCGAGAAGGCAAGGGCACUUUCAGUACCGAGAUCAGCACUUUAUUGUCGUAAUCUCGUACAGGAAGGAACCUUUGGACGUGUGUACAGAGGAACUUUGGAUAUGGGUGGUCGAGAACAAGAAGUAAUCAUCAAGACGGUAACAGAGGUGGCAUCCGCUUAUCAAGCAUCUUUACUCGUUGUGGAGGGUUCGCAGUUAGCUGGUCUGGUCCAUGAGAACAUAGCCUCCUUAGCGGCAGCUUGCCUUGACGGUUCUUGCCCAUUGUUAGCGUACACGAGUACGCAGGGAGAAUUAAAUUUAAAACUCUACCUUACCGAUGGGAGUUACCAUCCCGUGACCAGAGAUCUGGUGAACGUUGGUGCUCAAGUUGCCAGAGCUGGAGCUUUUCUGCACGGUCGCGGUCUUUUGCAUAGGGAUAUCGCUGCCAGAAAUUGUUUGAUAGAACCGAGUAGCCUUCGAGUUAGAUUAGCUGAUGCUGCCUUGGCUCGAGAUCUCUUUCCUCAAGAUUAUCAUUGUCUUGGAGACAAUGAAAACAGACCGAUACGUUGGAUGGCUUUGGAAAGUCUUCAACACAAUCAAUAUAGCACUGCGACGGACGUGUGGUCCUUUGGCGUAUUCCUUUGGGAAUUGGCAACAUUGGGUCAACAACCAUACGUUGACGUUGAUCCAUUCGAAAUGAUGGCCUGCCUUAGAGAUGGAUAUCGAUUGGCUCAACCAAGACCUUGUCCCGACGAGCUCUUCGCCGUUAUGGCUGUCUGUUGGCUCGGCCUUACGAGGGAUCGACCAACGAUGCCACAACUUCUCGCCUAUUUGCAGGACUUUCACGACGCUCUAGGUGGUUUCAUAUAAAUCUUCGAUCUCUGAUUAGAAGAGAGAGCCCCUAAUCAAAGACUCUAAAUAUCGAUAAUCAAAUGUAAUAUUCUGAAAUCAAAUCACAUGAAAUUGAAUUUUCUCUGCCAUCUUGCGAGAUAAUGGAAUAAUUUUUUGUUCUAUUUGUCGCAUACAUUUUGCUAAUACUUUAAAAGAUUUGUCUUCUCUCUUUUUCUUUUCACUCUUGAUUUUUAUCUGGUCCAGAUAACCGCGCAACAAUUCUCGCCAAUUCGAUUUUACGAUCGAAGCACAUACGCGCGUGUAUGUCCGUCCAUGCUUUUUAAAGGUCUUGUGGAAAGAAAAAAUACAGAGAGAGAGAGAGAGAGAGAGAGAGAGAAAAAGAAGAAGGAAAGAAGGAAAGAAAGAUAUGCGCCUGUCGUCCUGCAAUACGUCGUCUUUCAAAGUAAGACGCAUUUAUGACAAAAACGAUCUCUAAUGGGGUAAUCAUAUUUUCCUCUUUUGUUGGCAAUGCAAAUCAAAAUCACUGCCUUUUCAUUUACGAUAUUUGUUCGAGAAAAAAGAAGAGGAGAAAGGAAAAUUACAAUGAUCAUUCGUUGUUAACAAGAUAAGAAAAGAAAAAUGAAAGAAAGAAAAGGAUAAAAUUAAGCAAGUCGAUGAUGAACGAAAAUGGUAAUUACGACAUUUUUAAUUAGGACAAGAAAUAGAUAGGGAGAAAGAGAAAGAAGAAAGAGAGAAAGAGAAAGAAAGAAAGAGAAAGAGAAAGAGAGAGGAGAAGAGGACAGAGGGAGACACAAAGAAAGGAGAUGUAACCUUUCCUCGUUGAUCUUGGCAAAUGGCAAGCUUAGAAAAAAAAACUUCUAUUUCUCUUUCUCUCUUGUCAUAAUUAUAAAGACUCUUCGCGGAAGAUCGAGUCGGUAAACGCGCGUGUGCUCGUGCAGUCGUUCGAUUAUUAUUCAUUAACGAUUACGAUUGCGAAGUCUUUGAUUAUCGUAGACUCGAGGACAGAGAGAAGAAAGAGAGAGAGAGAGAGAGAGAGAGAGAGAGAAAGAGAGUGUGAGAGAAAGAAAGAGAGAGGGAAAGAGGGAGAGAAAGAAGGAAGGAAAGGAAAAGAGAAGGGGCGUGUGACUAGGCGCAUGUGAGCGCGAGCAACAGCAGCAUACACACAUACAUAUACAAUAAAAGAGGGAAACACGUUUACAGAAGCAAGACUCGAAGCACACUUAGGAAUCCUAUUGUCGAAUCUGACCUUCGAAAGGCGUACAUACAAAUACUAACGUACGAAGAAAAGAGUGAAAGAGUUAAGCGUGUUCAGAAAGAGAGAAACGUAUGUAUGAGUUAGGUGCGCACGCGCGCCUAUGCUGACUGGUUACGUAAAUGGGCGGUUUGACUAUAGGUAUCCUACUCUAUGUUAUGUAGCUGCUUUUAGCUACACUGCGAAAGUCAUGUCGAACGUAGAGAUACGUACGCACGUUACGCGCGAGGUAGCUCGAAUUUGCCGACACUGCUGCUGCUGCUGUUGUUGUUGUUGUUGUUGUUGUUGCUGCUGUCUCUCCUCUAUAAAUUUUGAUAAAUUCGAUAAAUUUCAACAAAAUGUCGUUUGUCACUCGAUCGCGAUCCAACGGUCUUCACUAAAGUCUAAUUCAACGAUGACGACGACGAUGACUGAUUUUAAUCAUUGCUAUUCUAUUUCUAAAUGUAUUCUAAUUAGAGCUAGCACUUAGCGGCCGAUUUUUUCGAACGAUCAUUCGAUUCGAUUCGAUUUGAUUAAAACGACCAAUUUCCUCGUUAUCGAGAAUUUUAAUUAGACAGAGCGAAAUGAAAAUCGACUUUCUUUGUUGUUAUUAUUAUUAUUAUUUGGGAUAAGAUUCAUCGAAUAGAUUUGUACUAAUAUUCAUAAUUAUAUAUAAUCUUAAAAGUCGAUUUAGCGCUAAUAAAUAUUUUCAAAUUAUUCGAAAAAAUCGACCGGCACGAAUAAUAUUUCGUCGACUAUUUAUAAAGAACUCCGUAGAAAAAUGCUGGCUCUAUGAAUUCUUAUUAAAUACUCGAUGUUUAUUAAAUGUUUCGCAUGUUUCCCGAUUACAAAAUCAUUAUAUUCCUUAUUCCUUUCCCAUCCUCUACUCCGGCGACGCUUUUUCCAAUUGUUUUUCCUCAAUAUUUCUCGAUGUGCUCUUUGUAAAAGAAACAAGAGAAAGAAGAGACAAAAAAUAAAAGAGAGAGAGAGAGAGAGAGAGAGAGAGAGAGAGAUGAAAAGAAGAAAAAAGAAUGCGUCGGAAGAGUUUUAGCUCUCUACUUUCUCGUACGUAUUAUUAAACUAUUUAACGACAACGAGUAUCGUCGUCUUCUUCUUUUGGAAAGAAAGAAAGAAAGAAAGGAAAAAGAAUAAAAAAAAGCCGAGCACUUUGAAUUAAACUCUAUUUAUAACAAAUUUAUUGCUCGCUAAUGUUUAAUAAUUAAAAAAAAAUCUGUAAAGCGAAUACAUUAAUUUAAGGAAAAUCGUUGGUACUUACGGCUAAUAGUCUUGUAAUCCGAUACUUGUAUUUCGUGAAUGUUAUUUCAAUGGAGGAACAGGGUUAGCCAUAAGUUGCAUACGCAUAUACGUGUAAUACACACGUAAAUAUACGCGGACGCGUAUGCACGCACAUCUUUUUUCGCUAUCGAUAUAUGCUGGAAAUCGCUUCAUUUCCACGACUAUUCAAAAUCCGAUUAAUAACAAUAACGAUUUAUCUAAUUUUACAUUUUUCGCGGGAAACACUCGCUGUACGAAUAAUUGAAUCGUUUGAUAGCAGCGAGAUAGAAAGAGAGAGAGAAAGAAAGAGACAAAAAGAAGAAGGGUGGACUGAUGUCCUCUUUAAUUUUGACUUUUUCAUCGUUCCCUUUAUGUCAACUUUUUCCUUUUACUUCGAAAACAGUCCACCCAUAUCUAAUUGAUCAUCAAUGAAUACCACGGACUUUUCAAAAGGAUUCACCAAGAGAUUCCAAACAGUUCCGAGUUCACUGUAAAUACCUUUAGCUAAUAAAAUGAUAGCGGUGCGGCGAGUGAGUUGAUUUGUGCAGAUUCUAAAUAUUAUUUCCUACGACGAUUUAUGGCAUUAUUUUUCAACGGAAUAAAAAAAUGCGAAGAAAUAUACAUGUUGAGAAGAAAGAAAAAAAAACAUGUCUUCCCUCGUCUAUCAUUACUCUCCAAACCUUAUUUACAAUUUUUAUCUCCAUGAGUAGAAUAUAUUAUUAACAUCAGUG